ACAGAUAACAGCACUAGUAGUACUGUUUAUCAAGGUCACUGAAGGGUCUGCGUCUCGAACUAGUCAUCUCCUGAUUACCCAACAGCCGCUUUCACACCAGUACAAUGCGCUGUUAAGAAAUAUUGCGGGAAUCAGACUCACAAAGGCAGAGAAAUACAGUAUAAUUAAAAGUGUAGUAGUAGUGUGAACAGUUCCGCAGUCAAACAAUUCAGAAUUUGACCAAAGAAUCACGUCUGAAAUGCCCUCCAUUCCAAAUGCCAUGACCGAAAGGUGUUAUUUAACUACUUAAAUCAUGGUCAUUCAGCAGCGCUGAUGUCUCACAUCCUUGAUCAUGUUGAGAUGACAAGAGGAUUUCCCUAAUGUUGGCCUCCUUCCACACUGUUCAGCCACCCUUAAUUCUCACGAAAGUUAAUUUAGGAAAGGACCAGAAGGUAAAACUUGCCCUUUCGCUGUGGGUUUAAUCUAAUUUUGAUAAGCGUUCUGAUCUGAUAUUCAAUCGCACUGUUGCCACAAAUAAACACACAGGUGGAAAGUGAACACUCACUGACCAGGGAGGUCAAAGGCAAACUGGAAGGGUAUUUGGUGGUCUUGGUGGGUAAUGACCUCUUUCAAAGUGAAGACAAGGUUUUCAAGGUGUCUUUUGUGGCUUCAGUUGAGGUAAUCCUAGAUCAUGACAAUUCAGACAGAUCCGGAUCACAACACAAUAAAGACUAUUAGACAGACUAUAUAUACUGUACACUCCCCUCUAAAUUGCUUUAAAUUCCUUCAGUUCGACAUCCAAAGAUGAGACGAGAUAAACAUUUUAUCCUUGAUUUCCAGGUAUUUACAUCUGGAUCAAAUGCCUAUUUUUGAAGAUAGUAACUUUUGUCUAAAUUCACUCGUUUUUCAUGAGAGAAAUGUAUUGGACGGACAGGAGUGUUUUGUUGCCGUGAUUAUUCGAACAAUAAAUUGUGCCUAAUGUCAACACUCCAUUUCUGAUUUGGGUUUUGUCUGUGAAGACGACGUUUUUACUAGUUUAGAGAGCUGUCAACGAGUUAAAAACAAGUAAUUGUGAAGCUGAGAGAAGAUUAUUUUAGAGUGGGCUUAAGCUCCGUAUCAAUUGGUCUUGGACACACUGUAUGUCAUACAGUCUACAUUUCUAGUGGAGAGUCUCUUGUGUGGUCACCUUUGAAUUAAAGGUGACAAGGUGCUGAAACAAGAUGCAGUUGCCUUCUAUCAACCUUUGUGGAUGACCACGACCUAAAGAACUGAGAUCUUUCUUGGCAUGUUGCAUUGUGAUGACAAACUGCCGACUCAUGAUGAGGGCAUGCUGUUUGGGCCGCCCAGUGGCGAACCUCUCCGUAUGACCAAGGACCUAAUAGGGUUAGAGUGUCCUGAAGUUUGCGCUCUGCCUGCACUGUCAAUGAUGUGGGGCCGUUCGAUCAUCCUGGAGCUUGCUGGCCACACUGCCAUGGGGUUUUAGCCUCUUUGGCAUUUUCCUCCAAAAACGGACUGAAUCCUCACAGCUAAAUUUGUAGCUAGAGUCUUUGAAUGUAGCCCUAAGCCCCCUAAAAGCAUCAAUCUUGACCACCACCGACAAGACUCUUCCAGACGAAGACUCUUCUUCCUUGGUCCGAGUCGGAUGAUGGGCAACCACGGUUCCAGCCUGGACGACAUCCUCGCUGAGGACAUGCACCACUGGUACAACAAGUUCAUGCGCGAGUCGCCGUCGGGUCUCAUCACGCUGUUCGAGCUGAAGACCAUCCUGGGCCUGAAGGGCAUGACCGAGGAUGCCAACAGCUACGUGGACCAGGUCUUCCUCACCUUCGACAUGGAUGGGGAUGGUUAUAUCGACUUUGUGGAAUACAUCGCCGCCAUCAGUCUAAUGCUGAAGGGGGAAAUCAACCAGAAGCUGAAGUGGUACUUCAAACUCUUUGACCAGGAUGGAAACGGAAAGAUCGACAAGGAGGAGUUGGAGACUAUCUUCUCGGCCAUCCAGGACAUCACACGAAACAGAGAUAUCGACCCUGAAGAGAUCGUCACUCUCAUAUUCGAAAGAAUCGACGUGAAAGGAGACGGUGAGCUGACCCUGGAGGAGUUCAUCGAGGGUGCCAAAGACCACGACGACAUCAUGGACAUGCUUAAGAAUCUGAUGGACUUGACGCCGGUGUUGGUCAUUAUUGUGGAGGGUCGCAGGUAAUGAGGGUCAAGCUGACCGGAAAACAAAACAAAAACUGUUUAAAAAAAAAAAAAAAGAACCUGCUUCAACCCCCAGAGAUUAGUCAGUGACGGAUCGUCGUCUCCGGCGAUCAGGUGGGCAGAAAAACUCCAAACCAGAAAAAUUGGGACUUGCCUGUAUACUGUAAAAGUAUAACACAUAGCUUUGAUUAUGCAUCUUUGACUAAAUUCAAUAUUAUAAAAAAGUUAAUGGCAAAGUGUAUUACUUUGUCUUAUAUAGUUAACUAUUGUGCCUAACACUAUAAGCUCUGUUCAUAAUAUUAACAUAGGCUACUUUAGGUCGUCAAUAAUCUAUCAAAUCUAAAUUAAUUUGGUCAUUUAUGCUGACUCACAACAUUUUUAUCUCUGCUGUCAUGUAUAUUUAGUGACACUAUUCCGCAGUGCAUGUUGUGGUACUGCUGUGGCUCCGCUGGUUUUUGCUCUGAUCCUCUAGAGCAGAUUGGCUUGUAAUGGAGAACCACAUGAAGCUCCUUUCAACAAAGACCAGUAGUCCUGUCCAAUGGGAAUCAUUUUCAAUGAAAGCUUAAGCCAACAAGUGUCUAGAUGUUUGAUGUGAAAACAAAAUGUUUAAAGGAGGGACUAGUUUGAAAACUUUGUAUUUUUAUACUGUGUUUGUAAUAAGAUCAAGAGCCUAACGUACAUUAAAUUCUAAACUUACUAUUGUGCUCCAGAGGAAAUGAGUAGAAAUUAAUAAUUACCUGCUAGCUGACAGCUGAGCUUGCUAGCAAUAGUGCUAACGUUAUUGUUCAUUUGAUUAGAAAUCACUGCUCAACUUGUAACUAACAGUUGGAUUCAGUUCAAAAUGUGUUAAAUUGGUUACAAUGACUGCUAAAUGACAGGUGAGCUGGUUAUAAUUCAUGCUAAACUAGACUACCUAAAUCAUACUACCUAAACCUGUGCUAACCUAGUAACUGAUACCCAAACUUGUUAGCAUCGGUGCUAAAAUGCUACUUGCUUGGUUAGUGAUUACUUACAGUAUAAACUUAUGAUAGUUUAAAUGGUUCAAAUAACUUCUGACAAUUUAUCUGGUUUUAACUAAUUCUAUUUCAUUAUCUAAGUGGGAAAACCCUGUGGUAAACCCAGUAACUGAUGGCCUAACUUGUUAGCAUCAGCACUAAGAUUCAAAUUCAUUGCUUAAAAGAUGAGAAAUCACUGAUAAACUUAUGAUAGUUGAACUGCUUAAAAUCACUGCUAACUGACAAUUUAACUGGUUUCAACCAAUGCUAACCUGCGAUCCAAGUGGGAAAACUGCUCACCUGGUAACUUAUAGCUGAACUCUGAAUACAGAGUCCUCUAGCACUUAAAGCAGUUUGAAUGACUAAUAUAGCAAUAGUCCGGUGCAAUGACCAUUGUGCAAAGGGCGCCGAGACUUCAAGGAGUGUAUGCAAGUUUAAAGUGACUAGUAGCGCGAUAAUCUGGGACAAUGUUGAUUGUGCAAAUGUUGCAGAUACUCCUCAGUCAGUGUGCAAGUGGUGCAGAUGCUACUCUGGCAUGAGUGGCCAGUAUUGGUCAACAGAUAUGCAAAUAGUGCAGCAUGGCGAGACUACUACAGUGAGUGCACGAGUAGUAUAUAAUUGGCCCGACAGAAAUGUGAGAACAAACUCAAGACAAAAAAAAUGGCAGCAUGUUGCAAUGGAAAGAGGGAAGAAGCUGUUGGAAUGUCUGCUAGUUCUAGUUUGCAUUGAUCAGUAGCACCUACCUGAGGGAAGGAGCUGGAAGAGCUGGUUACCGGGAUGCGGAGGCUCCAAGAGGAUUUUGCAUGCUCUUGUCUUAGUUCUGGCAGCGUGGGUAGGGGGUACUUGCUUACACUGUUUAGAAUCAGUGCUAAACUUGUAUCGCAUAGUUGAACUGGUUAAAAUCACUGAUAACUUACAGUUGAAGUGGUUAUAACCAAUACUAACUCACUAUCAAAGUGGGAAAAAUGACUAAUCUGGUAACUGACCGCCACACGUUUUAGCAUCAGUGCUAAACUAGGUAGCUGCAAGUGGUAAUGUAAGCGCUAAUCUGUUAAGUAGUUACUUAAAUUGGUUAGAAUCAGUGCUAAACAUCUAACCUAAAGUAUAACUGGUUACACUCACUGCUAACUGACAAUUGAACUGAUUAUAACCAAUGGUAACCUACAAAGUGUGGAAAAAUCUGUGCUAAACUGAUGACUGACAGUCAAACGUUUUAGCAUCAGUGCUAAGAUACUAAUCAAUAACAAAUUUGGUUAAAAUCGCAAUUCUAACAAAUAGUUUACUGAUUGAAAUAAGUGUAUACUUGGGAAUUAAUCUCUGACCUGGUUGAAUUCAGUGCAAACCGGCUCACUAAUAGCUGAAGUGGUUUGCAAUGAGUACUAACGUGGACAGCCGAACUUGUUAGCAUCUGUGCUCAGCUGGUAACAUGCUUAGUUACUGAUUAUCAAACAGGCUAGUGUCUGCGCUAACAUUUUUGUGCAAUAGAUUUUUUACAGUGAGUCCCCUUAAGUUCAUUGUAACUAAUCAAGUUGUGUGUUGCCUUAUCAAUAAAAAAAAGUGUUUUCAA